CGAUGCCCCACUCGCUGCGCUGGUUGCUGCCAUGGCUGCUGCGAGCAGCUGGGGAUGAGUUUGCAGCCGACCAGGUGUCGACGCCCCGGGACAACGUGCAGGUGGCCAACGCCGGGGAGUCCUGCCACCUGGCCAACCUCUUCCUCCACGCCCUGGCGGACGACGAUGGGGUGGCGGAUCCCAUCGACCUGCGCCCAAAGAAGGGCGCGGAGAAGGCCUACGAGGCUACCCUGGACUACAGCAUGGCUGGCUACCAUAUACUGGCCACCGCUUCCCCUCGAGAGAGCUGCCAGAUCAGCAGUAUGAGCACUUCUGCCGUCAUGCUGGACCCGGGAGAUUCCUCCAUGUCGGAGCUCUUUGUGGAGCCCAAAGCCGGGGCGGGCCUGGACGCGGGCCAGUACCUCUUGAACGUGUCACGGCUCUCAGGAGCCGAGACCCAGCUGCGGAAGGUGGCGGUGGGCGGGGCCUACAUGGUGCCCGGCUGGUCGCCAGAGGUGCGCAGGUACACGGUCUACUUGAACCUGGAGGAGGACCUGGUGAGAUUCCAGGUGGCCAAGCUGGACAACGGCCAGGCCGUUGAGAUGGUGGCUGAACUUGAAGAGGCCGACGCAGACCUGCAUUCAAGGCGCCUCGCUGGCAAACCAUCCGGCGAACCCGCCGGCGAUCACCUGGGCGAGCAGCAGCACGAAACCGCAACACUGCUCACCACCCUAGACGUGGGCCACAAGCGCACCGUGCAGAUUCAAGUGACCUCCGCGGACAAGGCGCAAAUCCGGAACUAUUACUUCACUGUGCGCCGGCCGCCGUGCCCCUCAGAGCGCCGCUUUUUCGAUGGCGAAGAGAAGCUUUGCACCGACAUUUGCAACGAGAACUUGUACGGCAGCAGCACCACCGGCCGUUGCACCCGCUGUAUGGAUGAGCACUGCGCUAUUUGCCAGGCCAUGAACUGUUCCCUGUGCUUUGAAGGUUACGAACUUCAGCACGGUCUCUGCGUGGUUUCUGGGGCCGGAAGUGGCAAGGCGGCCUUGCAUGAAAUCGAGGAGGGGGUGUCCAGCUAUGCGUGGAAGCAUCAGACCCUAGUGUUGGUGGCUGGGACUGUCCUUCUUGCCACACUCUGCGCCUGUGGUACGGUUUGCCUUUGCCAUUCGACCUCUCGGACCCGGCGCGCGCCUUUGCUGGAUGAAGAGGAUAACCCCUUCGAGUACUACGAGGAAUCUGCCCGGGGGUAACUCAGCGCCCUAGGAACUCCCACCUGCCACGCGUCCAAGUGGAACCCAACAACCGCCUCCACGCCUCGACGCCCAUGAAGUGAUACACGUUCCUCGCGCUGCUCACGCUCGCUGGCCACGAGAGGUACGGGACUCGACAGCUCGCCAGCGAGGAAAACUGGAUCGGCAGUUGCCUGGC